ACCUACAAUAUAGUUGUGCAUAACCAUAUUUUGGGGGGAGGGGGUAGUUCUUAUGGGAGGAGUGGUGGGGGUGAGUCUGUUAGACCUGCUCCUCAGGGUAGUGGGUUGGGUAAUGCUGAUAGUAAUAAGGGGAAUAAUGAUAAAAUCUCUGAUGAUGGGGUGCUGAUAGUUAGAUCAGUUGGCCUUGAGGUGCCUGAUAGGCUUGCUGAGAACAAUUAUGUGGGUGAGGAGAUUAGAGAGGAGGGUGAGAAGGAUCAUCUAGGCGAGGAGCAUGAUGAUUCUCAGCUCAUGGACAUUGAUGUCCAAGCUGCCCCUCUUGGGGAUAAGAGAGGUCAGAAAAAGAAAAAAACUUUUGUGAGGAAAACUAGAGCCAGUGUUAAGGGAGGGAAUAGGGUGAAUGUUGGGAUAGAGGGUAAGGAAGGGGGAAUUAGGCUUGGUGGAGUGGAGGGAAAUAAGAGAAAUAUAGAGGUUAGGGGGAGUGAUGAGAUUGGAGGCAGUAGCAAUAUGAGGAUGGCAAUGGUGGCGUGGAUUCAAAGUUUAUCUGAAGAUAUGGAGCAGUUGAGUUCUGAUGCCAGGGCUUUCAAGCAACUUUGGUGUUCUUUUAGAUUCUGUGAUUUUAUUUUUGAU